UACACCUUUUUACCACAUAUUGUAAAUGUUUUGUGAUCGAAGGAGCAGCUGUUGCAAAAUAAGUUUAAAAGUUAACGAGUGUGUAGAAAAACACGCGAUCUCGAUUCAAAUAUGAGCGACCAGUCAAAAAAAGUUAAAAAUACGUUAUUCAGUGCAUCGGUUACGGGGGGAACCUUUGAAGAUUUUUCUCAAAAUGCCGUUUUACACCCCGCAAUGGAAAAACCAGCGUUACCCGUGGUAACUGUCAAUUCAGAAACAUUGCUUCAAGGCAGUACCGCACCUCCACAGAACACUCAAGAAACGUCAGCUUUCUUGAAUCCGAUUGAAUCCGCUGUACCUCCGCAGGUUGCGAGCAAUUAUUUUCAACAACCGCCAUUACAACAGUCAACGAAUAUCAAUUUCAACGUUUACGGUACCAAACCAGCCGACACCGAACAAGAAACUUCUAAUAUUACUUCGAUCUUAUCUUCGUUUUCAAAUUAUUUAAAACUAAAUUCGGGCGGUAAUCAAAAACAAGAUUUCGAUUCUUCAGUGGCGGCCCCGGCGGGGUUGGAUAGCGUUAUCGGCCAGAGCAAUCCCGAUGCUCCGCCGGUACCCUUGUUUCCACCAAGCGGUUUGCCAGAGCAACCUGACGUUGUAAAACCACCACCAACAGGGCCCCAAAAUUCAUUCAGGAGACCCGGUCUAAAACGUCCGGUUUACGCGCCGGUACCCGGACUCACUAGUGCACCUAUAUUUAACCCUCAACAGCCCCCGACUCAGGUAACCUUUUUGCAACCACCGACGUCUGCUUCACCGGCUAGUUCUACAUCUUCAAUACAGGAAGCCACGUUUAAUUUACCAAAUCAGUUUAAACCUAUUUCGCCGACACCCGUGAGUUUCCCGAACUUCCCUCCCCAAAUUCCCCACCCCCAGCAUUACCAAGGACCCGUCAUGGACGCCAUACCUGCAAGCGAGGCUUUAGAAGAACAACCCGAUUCUGUAUUAUUAAAUUACUCGGCCUCUAACGAUUUUGCGGCAAAUACGACGAAUCAGGCUUAUCGCCCGGUAUAUCGACACUGGUUUUUCAAAAAAGAAAUCGAAAGCAAAGUAAUAUGGCAACCAUUUUCAAUGAUUGACUCGCUCGCGCUGGAACAUGCUUUUACCUCUAACGAGUUGGAUCCCGAUAAAGUAAUAUCAACCGACGGCGGCAGAUUCGACGUGAACAUUUUAAGGCGUCAGAGAAUGCCCGUUUAUUGGAAAGGAAAGAUCUCCGAAGUCAGACGUUGUUCCUGGUUUUAUAAAAACAGUAGCGACGGCCGCUACGUUCCGUACGAAGAAAAUAUUGCCAACAAAUUAGAAGAAGAAUUCAGGAUAGCUUUUGAAUCAAAUCAAUGGCAUAGGAAAGUGGAAUUAGCUAGUGGGGAGACUAUCGUUUUCCACGGGCCCGAUGUGCUUGUAUUGUUUCCCACUACUCAAGUGCCGGACGCUUGGGGAAAUACUCCAAAUCAGCCAAAACCGAGAGUAGUUAAACGAGGCAUGGAUGAAUUUGACAUCGACGACGGUGAGCCAGCCGAAGUAGACCAUUUACUGUUCAUGGUGCAUGGAAUCGGUGCAGUAUGUGACCUCAAAUUUCGAACUAUCGAGGAAGUUGUUGACGAAUUUCGCAGCAUUUCUCUUCAGCUAAUUCAAUCGCAUUAUCGUUCGUCAUGCGAAAAGGGUAUCGUCAACAGGAUAGAAGUUCUCCCUAUAGGCUGGUAUGAAAAAUUGCACUCUGAAGAGACCGGGGUCGAUAAACAGUUGAAAAGCAUUACAUUGGAGAGCAUACCGCGACUUCGAGACUUCACAAAUGGCACUUUGCUAGAUGUGUUAUUUUAUACCAGCCCCAUGUACUGCCAGACGAUUAUGUCUUCGGUCGGAGAUGAACUGAACUCCAUGUUUGACUUGUUUAAACGAAGGAACCCCACGUUUAAGGGUCAAGUUUCCCUUAGCGGCCACAGUUUGGGUUCCGUGAUAUUGUUUGACUUGCUGGCUCACCAACCUACCGAAUCCGAAUCUAAUCAAACAGGUGAAGCUGCGAAUGCUAACGGCGAAAAUAAAUCCGACCCCGACGAUCGGAAAAUAACACGAAGGAUAAGUUACUUGAUGGGAACUGUAGGCGGCGCCCAACCUAGAAUAUCGUACCCAAAACUGACAUUCAAUCCUAAAGCUCUUUUUGCUCUCGGCUCGCCCAUUGGAAUGUUCAUUACUGUCAGAGGGCUGGAUAAAUUAGGAGAAAAAUUCUCUCUUCCGACAUGUCCGGCUUUCUAUAAUAUAUUUCAUCCGUAUGACCCUGUGGCCUAUCGACUGGAAGCGCUAAUCAACCCCGAACUGGCUAAGAUUAAACCAGUCUUGAUUCCUCAUCAUAAAGGGCGCAAAAGAAUGCAUUUAGAAUUGAAGGAAACAAUGGCAAGGGUGGGUGCGGAUCUAAAACAAAAAGUUUUCGAGUCGAUGAAAAGUACUUGGAAUUCCUUCUAUCAACUUGCGAUGUUUCACAGACAAGAUCAACCCGCUUUAGAAGCUGAAGUAAACAAGACGAUUCAGAAACGAUUGGAAACGACCACCGAAGAGGACGACGAUCAGGAACCAGUUGAAGAGCAUACCGACAUUCCAUUGGGAAAUCUUAAUGGAGGUCGCAGAAUCGAUUUUGUACUUCAAGAAGCCCCUCUCGAGUUUUUUAAUGAAUACAUUUUCGCAUUAACCAGUCACGUGUGUUACUGGGAUUCCGAAGACACCAUCUUAAUGGUGCUUAAAGAAAUAUACAGUUCCAUGAAUAUAUCAACAGAUGAUAAGAUUCCGCAACAGACUAUGACUAUUGAAAGACAACCCGCGUCUUUAAAUCUAAGCAGUGCUGCAGCUGCAGACUCCGCAAGUAGCAUACAAGUGAAUUUAAAUUUACAAGCUCCGCCCAAAAGUGGUUUCGUGAAGAGAACAUAGUAUAUGCUCUAUGAGCGGGUGUUUCGCCCCAUAGCUGCCAGAUACGCUCCCUAUUUAUUACACCAACAUUGUGUUUAUAAGAAAAAGGUGUCUAUGUGAAUCACUGAGCCUCAAAACACUGUGAUUAUUCUCUUGCAAUUGCUAGAGCUUGCAAAGAAUAUUUUUGAUACAUUUUUGUUGAAUUUAUUCACUAUAUAUGUUAAACAAAUGUAAAAUUUUUAUGUAGUCGUUACCAAUAAAUAAACGUUAUUAUUAACAAUA